AUGGCUCUUAAGCGCAUCAACAAGGAACUCGCUGACCUCGGCCGCGACCCGCCCUCUUCCUGCUCUGCUGGCCCAGCUGGCGACGAUCUUUUCCAAUGGCAAGCCACCAUCAUGGGUCCUAGCGACUCGCCAUACACCGGGGGUGUUUUCUUCCUUCAGAUUCAGUUCCCUACAGACUACCCUUUCAAGCCUCCCAAGGUUCAGUUCACAACCAGAAUCUACCACCCCAACAUCAAUGCGAACGGCAGCAUCUGUUUAGACAUUCUCCGUGACCAGUGGAGCCCGGCCUUGACGAUCUCGAAGGUGUUGCUUUCAAUCUGCUCCAUGCUGACGGAUCCCAACCCCGACGACCCGCUUGUGCCCGAGAUCGCCCACGUCUACAAGACGGACCGUGCGAAAUACGAACAGACAGCUCGGGAGUGGACCAGGAAGUAUGCCGUUUAAGGGGUAGUUGAAGUUGUUAAUGCGGGCGAGGUGGAUGGUUGACUCGGUUAGCCCCGGGAAAUCUUGGUCGGCAGCCUCAACAUUUCUACCCUGGCUGUAUAGCGCGAGCAAACGACGAAUACUCUCUGGUGUUUGGUGAGCGUGCGAGCUGGCGAU